UCAUGAUCAAAACAUCGUAGAGGACAAGGCAGAGGUAAAAAAAGACACCGAGACUGCGCAGAAUGAUUAUGGAAAGUAGACUUUUAUCUUUUUAAUUGAAUUGCGAUACUUUUCAAAACUACAUGUUGUAGACAUGUUAUGUUGGUGCUGCUGAAAUGUACAUUUCGAUCAUAUUUGUGGUAUCGUUUUUCUCGGUAAUUGACUUAAAGAAUGCAGAUUGUGCAGUGGUUUAUCAAUGCUAUUGGUUCGUUCCCUUAAGGUGGACAUUACUUUUUGAGAAUAAUGCAGUUACUAAUAAUUGGUGUGAAGACCAGUGUAAAGCUCAUGCUACCAAUUAUCAAUAUGCUGGGACAAUUUCAAAUAAAUGCUUUUGUGGCAAAGUAGAUCCGGAAUGGAUUGAUAGCACAUCAACAUUUGCACAAUGUACAGAAAAAAACCAAUGUCCAGGUGACAUAUCGGAAUUUUGUGGAGGUUAUUACAAGUCUUACACGGUCACGUACAAGCGGAUAACAGUUUCGAAAAUAGAACGAUCAACUGAAACUGUGACUGUGAAAAGAGACUCAGCGACAGCAGCUUUUAUAACCAUGAUUCCCAGCGACGCAUCUCCAGCUACAGUUUCGAAGAGUAACUCUUAUACUAUACGACAGGACUUAUCCUAUACAACAUCUGAAAAUGCAAAUACUGCAAUUUCAACUGUAAUGACUGAGAAUACAACAAAUGCAACAAAAGGAAUGAGACCAAGGAAACUGCUAUGUAAAUGCCCAAAGAGGUUAAUUAAUACAAAAUGGCACGUCCUUGAUGGAAAAAAUAUAACGAAUUCAGAAGUAAAGAAAAUUGUCCUCGAAGAUUUCAACAAGAAUGUAAAAUCCGAGAUCACGGUUGACAAGAAAACUGUAUCAAAAGAGGAACGAAAGAAACACUCCUCGGUAAACAAAAGAAAAUCUGCACAAUCUAUAGGAUGGGGCUGCAUUGUUUUUGUCAUUCUUCCAAUGGGUUUCCUUAUUGCCAUAGACAUACUUAACUGCUGUAUUCACUUCCAAACUUACCUUGGUCGAAGGAAAAGAAAUCGAAUUAGAGCAAUUUCUAACAUUCAAGAUCAGAGCGAUAGCUCAAAGCCUCUGCAAGAAAAUGUCAGUAUCACCAAGAAAUUUUAUGCCAGCAAAUUUGGCAAUAAUUUUCAUCCUGACGAAAUGAAACAAGAAACAUAUCAGAGAAUACAGGAAGACCAGCACAGCAGAAUGGAAUGGAUGCAGUACAUCUAA